AUGGCGCAGGGCUCCCUGACGGCGAUCCCGCCGUUCGACGGCGCGGGCCGCGACAACUCCGCGGAGGCGUUCGUAGGCAUCGCUGAGAUGAUUGGCAUGGACAUCAAGAACGAGCCGCAGUUCCUGUGGAUCGCGGAGGAGGCCUCGCGGGCCGCGGUGCCGCCCGACUGGAAGGAGCUGGUCAACGAGGACGGCGAGACGCUGUACUACCAUACCAGGACGACCCCUCUCUGGGGUCACGGAAACUGCAGAAGGAGCACCCCCUCAUCCUCCGCUACAAGGAGAUCUACUGGAAGGCCCGAGGCUUCUCGAAGAGGCUGGAGGCUGCGGACGUGUCAGACGAUAUGGAGCCCGCCAACGUGA